ACUACGGCGCCUGCCAAGGGCUAAAAAGCUCUCUUUCGGGGGUGUGGCCUCGCAGAGAGUGGGCGGGGCUUCCAGUGCGCUCGCCUGCGCUGUAGCCGCGUGCAGAGUGGUGCGCGUUGCUCGGGCGGUAGGAUCUGCAGCUCCUUGCUGGCUGGUCUGCCUGUUUUCCUGCCAUCUCUGCUUCACCGUGUGCCUAAGCCUCGAGACUUGGCUUGCAGCAUUGCUCCACACUGCUGCUGUAGCUGCUUCUGAUGGCUGGCAAUAAAGGAAGGGGGCGUGCUGCCUAUACCUUUAAUAUCGAAGCUGUCGGAUUCAGCAGAGGGGAGAAGUUGCCUGAUGUUGUGUUGAAGCCUCCACCGCUGUUUCCUGAUACAGAUUAUAAGCCAGUGCCCCUGAAAACGGGAGAAGAUGAGGAUUACAUGCUGGCCUUGAAGCAGGAGUUGAGGGAUACAGUGAAACGACUGCCGUACUUUAUUGAACCACCUGAAGAAAAACAAGAUGAUAUUGAAAGGUACAGCAAACGAUACAUGAAGGUCUAUAAAGAAGAAUGGGUACCAGACUGGAGAAGACUUCCAAGAGAGAUGAUGCCAAGGAAAAAAUGCAAAAAAGGGAAUCCAAAAUCCAAACCAGCUAAAGCUGCAGGCACGGGUUCUUCACUCAUUAAUUCUGUAGAUGUGUUGAAAAAGAUUGAGGAACUGGAAAAGAAAGGCGAGGGUGAAAGAUCGGAUGAAGAAAACGAAGAAAAAGAAGGGAGCAAAGAGAAAGAGAAAGAUGAUGAGGAAGACGGCGAGGAGGAUGCAGAACAGGAGGAGUAUGAUGAAGAGGAGCAAGAAGAGGAGAAUGACUACAUUAACUCCUACUUCGACAACGGGGAUGAUUUUGGUGUAGACAGCGACGAUAACAUGGACGAAGCCACCUACUAGCUGUGGCAUCCCCAGGUGUUUGGAGGAUUCAGCUUCGGAGUAUUUGGAUCCACUUUAUUUUGGAUAAGGAUUAAGUCCUUAUUUCCUGUUGUUCAGGGUUUCGUAUCCAACUCUUCAGAACGACUUUGUAUUUAUACCCCAUGGCCUUACUCCAUUACCUCUGCCACACCUCUGAUUAUGCAAUGGUUGUGGGGUUCUCUGGCUUUUGUCUGAUCUGGAUUUGAGUGUUUUUAAAAAGUUUCAGCAUCACUCUGUGUUCACAGUUGAAAAAAGAUCACUCUGGCUCACCUGCUGAUCUUAGGUAAAAAGUGUUACUAGUCAUAGUGGAUUUCUAUUAAUACUGCACGCGGGGCACUUUAAAAACAAACUGGACAAAUGACUUCUCCUAACUGGUACAUUCUGUUUUACCACGCUGUGACCUUGUAAACGUACCUGAGUUCUUAACAGUACAGAGAUUAGAGUUAUGCUGAUAGGAAGCAGGCUCUCAGCAAAGACCAGUGACUUGGAUGAAAUCCGUUUCAGUUUACAUCUCAGCCACAACAAAGACUUUCACAUGAGUGGAAGGGGAUCAGUGCUUGGCCUUGAGGAUUGCUCCAAGCCAUAUGGUUUACAGUGUGUGAAUUAAUGAUUCCACUGUAAUAAGUCUGACACUUUAAACUUGUUGGGCUUAUGGGGGAAAAAAAAAAACCCUGAGACAUACUGCUUAAUUCUGGAUAAACCUCAUCAUAGAAUGGAGUUUGUGUGUGUGUGUGUGUGUGUGUGUGUGUGUGUGUGUGUGUGUGUGAAUAUGAUGAAGGGCACUGCCCUCCCUUGUAUUUCACAAGAUUCAUAAACUGCAAGUCAAUUAUAUAAUCAUUUAAAUGAGCUCAGGUCAUUUUGAAAUUAUGAUUGCUUCUUGUUCUAACUUACAGGGUGACUCUCCUGCAGUUUUAUAUUUUGCAGGAGAAAAUAUCCAGAACCCUUCACCUCUAAGGACUUUUUAACAUGCCAAAGAUUCUCAAGGGAAUUCAUAGUGUGCAUUUCAAAACUAAUGUAUUAAAAGUAUCUGCCUACAGGACUAAAGUUGGUGUUCCCAUUGGGGAGACUUCUUACUCAUUAUCCUCUGACCUGGAAACUGGAGCCCUGCUUUUUCUCUCAGGAUCAAGAUAACCUUGAUAUUAAGCUUAAGUUUGUGUGCCUUAGUUUCUCCACUUGUAAACAGUUUCCUAUAAAAAUUUAUAGGAAAAUUUAUAGUGUUUAGACACUAAAUAAUCAAGUCUUAAAUUUUAUUUUUGCUCUGUAAGCAGUUGUACUGUGGAAAGUGAAAUAGCUGUGAGAAACAGUUCCCUGUUGAGUUAUAAUUCGAUUUUCCAAUCUUGUAUCUGUGUUAGAAACUGUAGUUUAUUUGUAUGAUCCGGAGAGAUUCCAAAAUUCCUUUCUCAGGUGAAGGAUCACUUUCAAUGGCAAUACUUCUUCAAAUACUUCCUGAUGGAUUCAAGAGCCCAUCUUGACAGUAUAAUGCUGUACUGAACACGUGACUUUCAUCCAGUUCCUGGGAGCUUAUAAAAAUGUUGCAAGAUUCCUAGUGGAAACCAAGUCUUUAAAGGUUCAGUGUGUUGGGGAACUUACAUGAAGUUUUUAGUAAUAAUGGCAAAUGCUGUUAUUUGGGAAUAAAAAGUACUUUAUUCUCUUACAUUUGGUACCAGGGCCAAACAAGUUUCCAUUUGUAGACACUGUUUGGCCCUGUUUCCUUCCAUUAUUACAAAUCCGCAGAUAACUCUUCAGUCGGGAGCUGCAUUGGCAGUGACUUCUUCCCUGGCUUCCAGUAUGUCUUCACGGGUGUGGGCCUGCCACCCAGAGGGGAGCGCUUUUGCACAGGAUUGACUCUGGGCAUCUCUUCUAAGGAUGCCCAUCCUCACUUGAAAGAUCAGUUUACAACUUGAAACAUACUAGUUUUGAGAAAAGAUGAGAUUUUCCGGGUUGCUUGAUUACCAUAAAGCUUGUUUUCUUUAGCUCUGAGUCUAUGAAAUUACUUUGUAGAGAGACAGCUUCUUAAUAGAUAAGAGUACUUACUGGGACCUGUGAUAAAAUAUCUUUAACAUUAUCAUAACAAAUAAAAUUGGUUGCCACAUGCUGGUUUUUCUGUAUUUGUUUACACAUAUAAAGUUUAAAAAAUAAAAUUUUGACCUUAAUACCAA